UUUUGUAAUAUUUCAUUGACUAAUGAUAAAGUCUGAUGAACUCAAUCAAUAGUUUCAGAUUGAAAUCACCACUGCAAUGUGCCUUUUCACUGCGCAUCUCUUUGAAACUGAAUACCCUAUAGCAGCCUAUAGCUCAUUGUUUGUAAUUGAGUCCUUAAGUAAAGACAAGCAGAAUGGAAAGGCAUCCUACAGAGGACUGACAACACUUUAUGUUUAAAUUUAAAAUAACAAAAACGAACAGCAAUGAAUUUAGAAUUUUUAGACUACUGCUUUGCACUGACUGAUAUAGCUUAUUACUGCUAACCAUGUAGGCCUGCUUGUGCCAACACAUUUACACAAUGUAGCUGUCACGUCAGCAGGAGGAGACACCCGAGAGAAACCUGUGUUUCCCCGUGGUAAAGUCAAGGGAAUCUGAAUUCAUCAUUACAGCUUCUCAACAUUGGAUGGCGCUGCAAACACGCUAUAUUUUUGGUGAUGCACAAACCCCAGGAGGGAGAGCUAGAGAGGCAGGGUGAGGGAGAAAGCUCCCUCUCUCUAUGUGUGUGUGUUUCUGCGGGGCACAGCGGACUCUCUCCUCUCUCUCGCAGUGUGCUGAACCUUCAGGCGGCAGGUGUGCGCCCCGGCUGCCCGCCGAAGCUUUUCCGACUUUCACUGCGUUCAGGACUGAAUUUGGAUAUUAAACCGAUACGAAAACUCACACUGUCAGUCGGCUGCUGCACACAGUCCAUCUCGGCUGUGAGGAUGUUGCAUUGAUAGACAGCACAGCAUCCUCUCCGCUGUAUCGCACUCAGCCGGCAUCGUCAGCUGUUGCUCUAGCAGAGAGUGGAAGUGUCGGGAGCAACAGAAAAGGCCAAACUAUGCGACUGAUUUCCAAACGGUAAUCGUUUACCACAAGUCGACCGGAGAGCGGAUGCGAGCAGAGGUUGUCAACGAGCCUCUGAGUAUUUUCUGCCCUUUGUCGGUGCCGGAGGAGCUGUGCCAAUGGAGAAAGCGACUCCGCCGCCCCAGCCCCAGCUCCAGCUGUCGAUAGCAAAGACUGAAAGUCCGGCGGAGGACAUCUCCGGUCUGACUGACGAGGAACUGCUCAAGUGGACCAAGGAGGAUCUGGUGCGGCGGCUGAGGCGGUCUGAGGCCGACAAGAUGAGCGUGAUUCUGGACCAUGGGAAUCUCAUCCGAGAGGUCAAUCGCAGCCUCCAGUUGCACUUGAACGAGAUCAGGGGGCUGAAGGACAUCAACCAGAAGCUGCAGGAGGACAACCGUGAGCUACGGGAUUUAUGCUGCUUCCUGGAUGAUGACCGCCAGAAAGGCAAGCGUGUGUCCAGGGAGUGGCAGCGCCUGGGCCGUUACAGCGCCAGCAUCAUGCGCAAAGAGGUGACCCUCUAUCUCCAGAAACUCAAGGAGCUGGAGCUUCGACAGGAGGAGGUAAUCCGCGAGAACCUGGAACUGAAGGAGCUCUGCCUCCUCCUGGAUGAUGAGAAAGGGGUGGUAGGUGGAGGAGGUGGUGGCGGAGGAAGUGGAGGUGGAGGGAGUGUAGGGAUGGGAGGGUGCCGCAACUCCAUAGACAGCCAAAAUAGUUUGCUGCUGGUUCCUGGCCAGGGGCUCCUGAUGAGAGACGUGGGGGACGGGAGCAGUACUUCCAGCGCGGGGAGUGCUGACAGCUCCGAUCACCUUCACCAUAAGCAGCCUCACCUGGCUGCAGGAGUGGGUGGAGUUGGAAGUGCUGGGGAAAAAAGGAGCCCUGAGCUGGUGCAUAAACCCAGGUGUAGCAGCAUCAGUGGAAUAGGAGGAGGAGGAGGAGACAGGGAGGUGUCGAGCCCUGAGCACCCGGCCGGGCGCCACCGGAGUACAAGUCUGGAGUACCCAUACACCUUGCCCCAGCUCUGCCGACCCCGCUGCGGCUCCAUAUCUGUGCCUGACCACAGUCGAGUCAUGCGGGGCCUAAGUCCGGAAAAAUACGGGAGGAACGUGGGCCGACGCAGUCCAGAGCAGCACCCCAAGCACCAUAGCUCUGAUCUCCUUCUGGGCCAGAGGCAGCACUUCCUGGGUCAGGGAGGCAGUGGGGAGCUCUAUCAGAGGCACCACAGGAGCAGCAUUAGCAGUACUGGGAGCCCUGAGCCCCGACAGGCACAUUUAGGGACCAGUGAGCACCAUGAAAAGGGCUGUGUGAUCCAGGGGGGCAGCCCUGAAAUUCAUAGGCACCAAUACAGUAUGAGCCCUGACCAUGUGAAGUUUGGCAGCCCUGUGAGAGACGGGCAGAGGAGGCCGGCCGGAGAUGAGCUGUCACCACAUCAUCGGAGCAUCUAUAAUGGCAUGAACGCUUUGAUAUCAGCUGGCUGCUGCACCAACAACUGUAGAAAUGUCAAGCUAUGGGACAGUUUUGAUGCCUCCUCUUGACCCCAACUUGGCCAGCCAGGCUCCUCAAAGGGAGGAGGUGGGGGGAGGUCGCAGUGGUACAGCCCUCCUGCGUCUCUGGCCUGAACAGACACGAGGGCCCCUUGGGCGCAACCCUCCACGGCUCCAGAUGGUCUGUCCAUGGCCUCAUCCAUGUCCACAGCCCUGAAACAGCCUGCCUCCAUGUUUUUAUUUCUACAUAUCGAGAGUUUUGAGGGGAGGGGAGUUUUGGGGGGAAUGCUUUUAGUACGGUUGGUAAAACUCGUGAAGACUGCCGCAGAUAAGUGGAUUAGAGUGGAAAUCUCUCCCUGCCAACUGUGACACGGCUACCUCCUGGACAGCACCCAGAGAAAGGGAGAGACGCUGGGCAUCAUUAAAAGGAGACUGAGAGGACUCUGCACUGUUUGUGUCGCUACCCUCUGUUUACAAAUGUAGAUCAUUGGUGGAGAAGCACAUAAAUGAAACUUUCUAUACCCCGCUGUUCUAAACCUUAAUUAUUUUUCCCACACUUAUCCCUCUUCCUCUCUCUUAUUUCCCUCACCUUGCCUCUCUGUUUUUGAAGGUCCCCGUUUUUCCUGUCUCCCCCUCCUCUCCUCCAUCUUCUGAUAUUCAUCAUCUCCAAAGUGUGUAAUGAGACUGGUGUAAUCUAAUGUUCUGUCUCUCAGUCUCCAAACUCGAAUCCAGCUGAUCACAUUACUUGCCGUCCUCUUUCAGCCAUUUCAACUAAAGUUAAAAACAAAACAAAAAAGAUACUUGUCAAAGAUGUUCUAGCAGAGAAAAAAGAAAACUCUUCCUGUGUCUUAAACCAAGAUGGUCAACAUUACUAGCUGCUGACAGAUGUUCUAGUUCUAUAAGAUGCAAUGUUCAGGUGUAAUUUUCUUUUUUGUAUUAUCUUCUUUGCACCCUCAAAGCGCCUAUAUUGAAGCUGGGGGGAAGAUUAUAUGUUUCUCCAUGUUGUUUUUUACAAGGAAGUAAAGUCCAAGUAAAAAGUAGAUUAUUGGAUUAGUUUUCUAUAUAUCUAUAUAUAUAAAUAUAAUAUGAUUAUUAUUUUUGACUUACUGGUAUUAGAACUAUUAUAUGAAGAUGCAUAUGAU